AAAAAAGAAUGAUAUUGAGGUUGAUUUCAGGUGGCAAGGCAAAGAAUAAGUGGAACAGAGGAAGAUGUGAUGAACAAGAAUAACUGAAGACUCGUAUAUGCCCUCAACCUCCUGUUCUUGGAAGACGAAAGAAGAAGGUGUGAAAGGACGACACUGGGGAGGAGGAGGAAACAUGGAAACGUAGGAAAAGAAGAAAAUGUAAAGAAAAUGCUUCACCGCACUCCUUUCUGUGUGGCGACAAGGAAUCAAGGACUCUUUAUAAGAGUGAAUUAGAAGACGUAAAAUGGCGGAGGAUCAGGCUGACAACGCUAAGUUCCCCUGGUUGAACCAAGAUGAACUCAAAGAAAAUGGGGAACACGAGAACAGGCCUCUAGCGGGCACGGUGAUGGCAUGGGCGAAGUGGGGAAAAACUGAUCUCGAGAAUUAUAGAUUUGGAGCACCGGCGGAGGCAGGGGCGACGGGGGAAGGAAUGAAUCUCCAUGAAUAUAGAUUUGGAGCGCUGGUGAAGGCAAAACUGAAAGGGGAGGCGGCGGCGAUGCAGGACGAGGAACAACCACCACCACCACCACCACCAGCACCACCACCACCAGCACCAUUGAAGGGAGAACUAGAGGUCGAGGCGUACUUACAGGCACAAGUAGCGGCCGAAGAAGGAAACAGCGGCGGCUUCCUGGACCUGAAUGACGAGGACUUGGACUCCGAUCACGUGGAGGUCGCGAGUCUGGCGGGAUGGGAGUGGUGGCAGGCCCGGCUGGCGUCAGUGCGUCAGCGGCUCGCGGCCCUGCAUAUCCACGGGAAGCUGUAUGACGUGACGCUGGUCUUCCCCAAGUACCAGUCCCAGAUAAAGGCCCACAAGCUGGUCCUGGGCAUGAGCAGUCCCGUCCUGGAGGCAAUGCUGUUAGGUCCCUUAGCCAAGUUCGAUGACGAGGAGGGCAAGUACCUGACGCUGCACGAUGACUCCCCACGUGUCUUCGAUUGGCUUCUGCGAUACAUCUACCGCGACGAGACCAACUUCAGCGGCCCCCACCAAGCCCUAGAGGUGUACCGGGUGGCCCACAAGUUCCAGAUGGAUGCUUUGGUGCAGGUGUGUUCUGAGUACCUGAGCGACGCCGUGGACCCUGAGUGCUUCGCUUACGUGUUCGAGUCUGCGCUCCUUCACAACGACAGCGAGCUCCUUCAGAGGUGUUCCCAGGUCGCGGCGGUGCAUGGGCGGCAGGUGCUGAGCGCGGCCGAUAUCGUGGUGCUGAGCCGAGGAUCGCUGCGUACCCUGCUGACCAUGCCCCAGCUACAGGUGGAGCGGGAGAGCUUCAUCUUCAGGGCCCUUAUUGAGUGGGGAUGGUUUCACCUGGAGGAGGAGUUACCGCCGCCGUACAGGUCGUGCCCCGCGCUGCUGCCGGCGAGGCGGAGGCUGCGCGCCAUGAUUGACGAGUUCCUGCCUUACGUACGCUUCCUGGCCAUGGAUCUCAACGAGUUUAUGAACGAGGUAGAGUCCACGGGGCUGCUCACGGCGCGGGAGUGCCUGACGCUGGUGCGGGCCAUCCGGAGCACCGUGGCGCCGCCCCUCGUGUUGCCCCGCUUCGUUUCUUGGGGCGUGACUGGGCGGCGACGGGGUCAGUUGUGGGUGGUGAUGCUGGUGGGCUCGCGGCCGCCAUCGCCCGCCGUUCUGACCUACCAUGAGCGGAUCAGCAUCAACCUGCUGCGGGACUUCAUGACAACCCAGGAGGUAUACGUAGUCCGUCUGGCAUGCAUGGGCUUGUCCAGCCUGAAGGAGGGCAGCGUGUCGGUGUGGGAUGACGAGGGGGCUCACGUGGCCAAGGGCGUGUGGAUGGGAAACGGCGUGAUCUUCAAGCGGCCCCUGUUACUGAAGCCUAGCCGCCGGUACUUUAUGGAGCUGGUCUUGAUGGCGGCGUAUUGUGCGUUGGUCGACAACGUCAUCUGUGUGAGUCACCGACGCACCACCUUCCUGGGCGAGACACAGUGUGGUGGACUCUUCAGGCUCGAGUACCUGCCGGGGGAGAAGCUGCCCACGCUCACCACGCGCUCCCGCAAGGCCCCCGUCGUGUGUAUCAUUGAGAACCCGUAAGCUGGUGCGCCGGGGCAUUAAAGGGGGGGGGGGGUGAGGAGGAGAGUAUUAGUGGGGCGAGUCUUCAGGGAGGAGUGAUCGAGUAACUUUGAUGAGCUUUGACAAGACAAGGGAAGGUUACUUGCCCCGAGGGACGCCCACGCAGCUCGAGAUUUUGCGUGGGUAAUAGAAGGGUCACCUGAGUGGAAGACAAUAGCCUUUUAAAUCAUCUGUCAGGUGUCGGCGUGAGCAAGAGGCGAUCACUCCAAUAUUCUUCCCGGUCUUUCCUCUUCAUUUUAUAUUUCAUCUCUCUCACUCCCGCUUUAUUCCCCCCUCCGUCUCUUUCCCCGUCUGUUCCCCACGCGUCAAUUUUUAGGAACCUUUUUUGAGUAGCUUUUACUAUUUUUAGGAUUCUGUAGUCAUAGAGUUGCAUUUAGACUUUUACGGACCACAGGACGCAUCUUGUUUGUUUUGUGAUUAGUUUCCCAGCAAAGAUAAAUUUUUAUAGACGAAGAAUGUGAAAAUUCAGCUUUUACGACAAGGCUCACUUUUCUGUUGUGUGUUGGAAGCUCAUGAGAUAUUCUGAUAAUAUUUAUUUCGUAUAUGCAAAACAGUUAGAUUUUUAAUACAAGUUCUGCAUUCGUGUUUUUGAAUUCGUUUUAAAAAUAAAGAAUAAUGACC